AUGGCGGAGUGCAGCUCAUUUGAACUCUUUGCAGAAGCUCGCCUUAAGCUUCAGGAUCUCAUUCAACGGAUAAUCUUUGAUCUCAACAACAACUACCCAUUGCUUUGCAAUGAGAUUAGAGCAGGCUUAGCUUUCAUCUCCAUUUACGUGGACGUGAUCAGAGGACUCGGGCAGUUAAUGGCUAACGAGUCUCCAAAUUGUGAGCCUAUCCAGCUUGCACCGCAAGAAUCCACUUGUAACUCUAACCCCCACGAACAAGGGCACACUGAGCUCAAACGGGCUUGUCACUUUACCGAUGAAAUGGUGCACAUGCUAUCGCCUCAUCUAGAACUCGAUACGGACCUCAACCCAAUCAUCUGUAGCCUUGAGCUCCUUAGUGACUCUUGGAAUUUGGAUUGCCCAUCUCCUCGCGAGCAGACCGUCGAAGGCCUGUAA